UUUUUAUUUAUUACUUAUUUUCCUUUUCCGUCAGAGAAAGGUAUUCACUUUAUUUUUAAGGGUAUGACCGGAAGUUCGCCAAUUCCUCGUGAGCUUCACAAUUCUAAAAACAGUAGUAGGUGAAAAGUUGCGAUGCGAGCUCGAUAGAGGCAGCUAGUACCUCCAUGGUCCUCCAUAGACGGAACAGAAUUAGCCAAACUUGUUUCCAGUGGGACGACAUUUAAAAAAUGGUGCUCAAACAGUAUCAGUGGCGGAUUAAGCUGUUCAAUUUGAACCAUACUGGAAAGAAAGACAAAACUUUAUUUCAGGACACGGCUUGUUUGUGUUUAGACAAUCCAUGGUGUCGUUCUCGGGCCGUGUCGACUUUGACAGGUGCCCGCACCACUGCAGUAGGUUUACUAUGCACUGUCGGGCGAUCUUUACGCAACUUAAAGAAGGCGCCACUGAGCGCGAGACGACCUGCAGGACUCCGGGGGACAAUGGAUAUCUCCGCCGCGACACAAGUGUCACUCCGAGUUCCAUAAUGUCAAAACAGAAGCUCUUCUCUGAGCUCAGCACCUCCGUUAGAGCCUUCCAGUAUGACCUGCAGCCAGACGUGCCCAAAAGCAAGGGCCGGCAGCUGUUUUUUGACACGCACGCCAUUGUGCGACUCUUUGAGGAAAAUGGUUUUUCCACUCAGCAAGCCGAGACGAUGGUUAAAGUGCUGAUGGGAACCACAAAUUCUAACAUGGAUGUCAUUUAUAGCGACAUGGUAACCAAGGUGCAACAGGAGAUCAUGAUGCAGCAGGUGAUGUCUCAGAUAGUAGCGGUAAAGAAGGACAUGAUCAUCCUGGAGAAGAGCGAGUUCUCCACUCUCCUGGCAGAAAAUGAGAAACUCAAGAUCCAGCUGGUACAGCUCAAAGUUCAGCUCGCUGAUGUGAUGAAUAAAGUGCGCUCAGAUAACAUCCUGGACAUUAAUUUGGAAAAAAGCCGCGUAAAAGAACUGAAAGUAGAACACGAAAAGAAGCUUCUGGAGACACGAACAGAGAUCAUGGAAAUGACGUCAGAGCAAGAUUGCCAUUUGACUCAGACAAACAUGAAAAUAGACACUGAAGUAGCCGGUUUAAAAACCAUGUUAGAGGCACAUAAACUGGAUACGAUAAAAUAUCUGGAAGGGAGGACCAGGCAGUGGGGGUCAGUGUUCACCUGCCUCACUGUGGUCUUGGGUUUUUAUCGUAUUUGGAUGUGAUGAAGACUCAGUUUAGAAUCUUGAAUCUAAACUUAAUCCUCCCACAACAUUCGAGGACUAGUUACUUUUUUUUUUACUGUACUUAUUUAAAAAAAGAGAAUUUUUUGUACUUGAUCCCCUUUAAAACAGAAGUCUGUGUGUUCUUUUUAAAGUGUGAUGGGGAAAUUCCUCUUGUUUUUUGUAAAGAAUGUUUUUCUUUGUGAUAUUUUU